CGCGGGAUUCCGUGAAACUUUUCGAACUGUUGGCCGCAGAAGUCCGGACAACUUGAAUCCCGCAACACCGCCAUCCAUCAUGCGUCCCUCAUUGCGGCUGCUGAAUCUGGAGGUGCCCUCCCUGCAGGGCUCCCGAGCACUCUACGUCUGCUCGGGCUGCAGACAAGAGGCGCGCCCGCGCCCCAUUGCUGCCCGCCAAUUCCUGCGCCAUGCCUCCAACGCGGACUCGCUGAGCGAACGUGUGCGCCGCAAGAUCUGGGGAACCGACAACCCCCCGGGUGAGAAGGACCCGUAUGGUGGACAGGGUGUGCUGGAACGCAAAUUCAGCAAACAGCAGCCCCCGAAACAGGAGGAGGUGGCGGAGCAGCCCGAGGAAGUCGAGGACCUCACGCUCACGGACGCCUCCUACGAACCGGCGACAACAUGGGCUGGGCUGGAGCGUGUCGGUCACUUGAAUCGCUGGAAUGAUUACCCUCGUUCCGAGGCUGAUACAUAUGAGUCCUUCGCCGUGAAGACGAAGCACAACCAGAAGGGUCCCCUGUCGCUCGCUGCCCACCAAGCCGCCGUCGAAAUCUGCCUGAUGCACGCCCUGAACAAGCCGCUGGUGAGCGUCUGCGAUGUGACCGAACACGAGAAGCCUAUCUUCGACAUGAUCUACGAGUGCAAGAUCCAGCCGAACGGAGAGUGGAGCAAGGCAUUGGAAUACCCCAACAAGCGCACGCAGGACACUCUGGCCUACAUCUUCGAGCAGAUCGGAGCCCAACCAGCGGCUCCUGCUGCGGAAGAGACGGCCGAGGAUCUCGUUGAGGCGUCGGAACUCGAGGAAAAUGGGGAAAUUGCUGACGAGCCGGCGAGCGAUUCCCAGGACGCGCCUUUCUUCGGGUACCAGGAUGUCCAGGAUGAGGGUUUCUUGUCCCUUCCGUUGACCGAUGCGGUUACCAAGUUUGCUUACCUGAAGAGAUUCUCCCAGCUGAGCGGCCACUACUUCCCCGACCCUAUCAUGCAGCAGAUCUCCACCGUCAAGCAGGCCGUGGCCUACGCCCAGGGCGAGCUCAACAAGAAGCCGAAGAAGCUGGCCGAAUACCUGGCCGAGGACCAGCGUCUCCUGAGCCUGCCCAACGUCAAGAUCUUCGACAAGAGACGGACCACGCUCCACCGGGAUGACGAGAUGGGACGGAAGAAGAUCAUUGAGGCCGCGCUUCGUGCGAGAGGCCUUCUGUAGGAAGCUGUUUGGGUUGCAGUUGCAGGGAGGCACGAGGGAUGAACGACUUGGAGAUUUACUCUAGUUCUUGUAGCAUGUUAUAUCUAGUCGAAGAGUUUUUCUGUAUAAUAGGGAAUUGACGUCUUUCAUUUUGUUCAUUAUUGG